GCUCGGAAAGCAUGGAGGUCGGGCAUGAGCUCGCGACCGGCUCGAGCUGUUCUUCGUCUUCCCAGGACUGUUCCGGAGUCGCGGUGUCCAAGGAGCUACUGAAGGCGGGGAGCGAGGGCCGAGGAGGUAUAUGGGACAGGUUGCUCAUCAACUCUAAGCCUAAUUCCAGAAAGACCACUACUCUUCAAACAGUUCGGAUAGAGAGGAGUCCACUGUUAGAUCAAGUUCAGAUCUUCCUCCCACAGAUGGCCCAGGCAAAUGAAAAGCUGCGAAAAGAAAUGGCAGUUGCUCCACCUGGUCGUUUCAAUAUUGAAAACAUAGAUGGGACUCUUGGAAAAGUUAUACAAAUGGAUGUGGCCUUAUUUGAGAUGAAUCAGUCAGAUUCAAAAGAAGAGGAUGGUUUAGAAGAGAGUUCACAAAGCAGUUCAGAGGACAGUUCAGAACUCGAGGAUGAAGAUAACAGCAUCCCCUGUGAAGUUACCGUAGAUAACAUCAAACUUCCAAAUUCAGAAGGUGGAAAAGGCAAGAUUGAAAUUUUGGACAGUCCAGCAAGUAAAAAAAAGAAACAAUGAAAUAAAUGAUCUGAAUAGAAA